GCAGUCGCCGGAGCAGCAUCAUGCCGAGGAGGAAGCAGCAGGCGCCCCGGCGCGCAGCAGCCUAUGUUUCAGAUGAACUCAAGGCAGCUGCCCUGGUGGACGAAGACCUAGAAGCGGACGAGCACCCAGCAGAUGGCGAGCCGGCGGCCAAAUACCCGUGCCCGGAAAAGGAGCUCAGCAAGACCUGCCCCAGCUACCAGGACUCCCCGGCCGCCGAGUUCUCCAGCCACGACCUGGACAGCGAGUCGCACAUCAGCGAGACCAGCGACCGAAUGGCCGACUUCGAGAGCGGCUCGGUCAAGAACGAAGAGGAGACCAAGGAGGUCCCGGCGCCCCUGGAGGACACGACUGUGUCCGACAGCCUGGAGCAGAUGAAGGCCGUGUACAACAACUUCCUCUCCAACUCCUACUGGUCCAACCUCAACCUCAGCCUGCACCAGCCCUCCUCGGAGAAGAACAACGGGAGCAGCAGCAGCAGCAGCAGCAGUAGCAGCAGCUGCGGCAGCGGCAGCUUCGACUGGCACCAGAGCGCCAUGGCCAAGACCCUGCAGCAGGUGUCGCAGAGCCGCAUGCUGCCCGAGCCCAGCCUCUUUAGCACCGUGCAGCUGUACCGGCAGAGCAGCAAGCUCUACGGCUCCAUCUUCACCGGGGCCAGCAAGUUCCGCUGCAAGGACUGUAGCGCCGCCUACGACACGCUGGUGGAGCUCACGGUGCACAUGAACGAGACGGGCCACUACCGCGACGACAACCACGAGACCGACAACAACAACCCCAAGCGCUGGUCCAAGCCUCGCAAGCGCUCCUUGCUGGAGAUGGAAGGCAAGGAAGACGCCCAGAAGGUGUUGAAGUGCAUGUACUGUGGCCACUCCUUCGAGUCCCUGCAGGACCUGAGCGUUCACAUGAUCAAAACGAAACACUACCAAAAAGUGCCUCUGAAGGAACCCGUCACGCCCGUCGCCACCAAAAUCAUCCCCGCUGCCGCCGCCGCCGCCACCCGCAAGAAGGCUCCGCUGGAACUCGAGGUCCCCAGCUCGCCGGACUCCACGGGCGGGACCCCCAAAGCCACCCUGGCGGACGCCAACGACGCACUGCAGAAAAACUCCAACCCCUACAUCACGCCAAAUAACCGCUACGGCCACCAGAACGGAGCCAGCUACGCGUGGCACUUCGAGGCGCGCAAGUCGCAGAUCCUCAAGUGCAUGGAGUGCGGGAGCUCGCACGACACGCUGCAGGAGCUCACAGCCCACAUGAUGGUCACGGGCCACUUCAUCAAGGUCACCAACUCGGCCAUGAAGAAGGGCAAGCCCAUCAUGGAGUCGCCUGCCACGCCUGCCGUCGCCACGCUGCUGGACGAGAAGGUGCAGUCGGUGCCCCUGGCGGCCACCACGUUCACGUCCCCCUCUGGUACCCCUGCCAGCGUCUCCCCGAAGCUGACUGUGGUGGAGGUGAAGAAGGAGGUGGACAAGGAGAAGGCGGUCACCGAGGAGAAGCCCAAGGAGAAGGAGAAGCCGAGUGAGGACGAGGAGAAGUACGACAUCUCUUCCAAGUACCACUACUUGACCGAGAACGACUUGGAAGAGAGUCCCAAGGGGGGGCUGGACAUCCUGAAGUCCCUGGAGAAUACCGUGACGUCCGCCAUCAACAAGGCCCAGAAUGGCACCCCGAGCUGGGGCGGCUACCCCAGCAUCCACGCCGCCUACCAGCUCCCCAACAUGAUGAAGCUGUCCCUGGGCUCGGCGGGCAAGAGCGCGCCCCUGAAGCCCAUGUUCGGCAACAGCGAGCUCGUGUCCCCCACCAAGAGCCAGACCCUGGUCUCCCCGCCCAGCAGCCAGACCUCCCCCAUGCCCAAGACCAACUUUCACGCCAUGGAGGAGCUGGUGAAGAAGGUCAGCGAGAAGGUCGCCAAGGUGGAGGAGAAGAUGAAGGAGCCCGAGGGGAAGCUGUCGCCGCCCAAGCGGGCCACGCCUUCACCGUGCAGCAGUGAGCUCAGCGAGCCCAUCAAGGUGGAGGCGACCGGCGAGGGCGGCUUCAAGAGCCAGGAGGGCAGCCCCAGCCCCCCACGGGACGGGGCCAAGGAGGGCAGCCCCGCGGCGGCAGCGGCGGAGCCCGUGGAGAACGGCAAGGCGCUGGGGCAGCCCCUGGCCGGCGGCCUGAGCGCCAGCACCGCCAUCAUCACGGACCACCCGCCUGAGCAGCCCUUCGUGAACCCGCUGAGCGCCCUGCAGUCCGUGAUGAACAUUCACCUGGGCAAGGCCGCCAAGCCCUCCCUGCCCGCCCUGGACCCCAUGAGCAUGCUCUUUAAGAUGAGCAACAGCCUGGCCGAGAAGGCGGCUGUGGCCACGCCGCCGCCCCUGCAGGCCAAGAAGGCUGACCCCCUGGACCGCUACUUCUACCACGUGAGCAACGACCAGCCCAUAGACUUGACCAAGGGCAAGGGCGACAAGGGCUGCCCGCUGGGGUCCGUGCUCCUGUCCCCCACGUCCACAGCCCCGGCCACUGCCUCCUCCACGGCGACCGCGGCGGCCAAGACGUCCGCGGUCGUGUCUUUCAUGUCCAGCUCGCCACUGCGCGAGAACGCCCUGUCCGACAUCUCCGACAUGCUCAAGAACCUGACCGAGAGCCACACGUCCAAGUCCUCCACCCCGUCCAGCCUCUCCGAGAAGUCCGACACCGACGGGACGGCCCUGGAGGAGGCCGAGGAGGCCACGCCGGCACAGAAGAGGAAGGGCCGCCAGUCCAACUGGAACCCGCAGCACCUGCUCAUCCUCCAGGCCCAGUUCGCCGCCAGCCUGCGGCAGACGUCGGAGGGCAAGUACAUCAUGUCCGACCUGAGCCCGCAGGAGCGGAUGCACAUCUCCCGGUUCACCGGGCUCUCCAUGACCACCAUCAGCCACUGGCUGGCCAACGUGAAGUACCAGCUCCGAAGGACAGGUGGAACAAAGUUCCUCAAAAACUUGGACACCGGCCACCCCGUGUUCUUUUGUAACGACUGCGCCUCCCAAAUCAGGACUCCCUCCACGUACAUCAGCCACCUGGAGUCGCACCUGGGCUUCCGGCUCCGGGACUUGUCCAAACUCUCCACGGAACAGAUUAGCAAUCAGUUAGCACAAACCAAGUCGCCGUCAGAAAAACUGGUGACGUCCUCCCCGGAGGAGGACCUGGGGACCUCGUAUCAGUGCAAGCUCUGUAAUCGGACCUUUGCCAGCAAGCACGCCGUGAAACUCCACCUUAGCAAAACGCACGGGAAGUCGCCCGAGGACCACCUCCUGUACGUGUCUGAGCUGGAGAAGCAGUAGCGUUUGCUCUGAGGGAAACCUGUCGAAGGCACCUUAAGGCCCCCCUCUGUCUUGCUCUCGGCUCGGGGGCUGGUCUCCGCUGCGGGGGAACCAGCGCUCUGGGCUGGGCUGGUUUUUGUAGAACUGUUACGUACGGUGUUUCCGUAGAGGUGCAGUAGCGGCAGCUGCUGUUCCUGGUUCCCAUAUGAAGGUUAAGACGCAGUGGUAAGUGUUUGGAACUUUGUGUAAAUGGGAUUUAGUUGUGAGUAUCCCUCCCCGAUGCUUCAAGCUGCAUGCAUUAACAGACAGUGGAAUUAAGCAUUUAUAAGGAAAUCGGGCACACUUUUCGCCACGAGACCCGAGUGUGCUGGCGUUUCGCACCCUUUCAUCUUCAGCCCUUCCGAGUACUUUGAAGCACUUUUGCAUUAAUUUGGUUAAAAAAUAAAAUGAAAGAAUACUAAUGUAUGAAGCUCUGUUUUUUAAAACUCCUUACCAGCUUAGUUGUAAUAAUAUGAACCUCCGUUUAUGCAGGUCUGCAGGGGUAUAACACGCCUUGAAAUUUAAAAGAAUAUUAUUUUCACAUUGAAACAUAGAUGUAUAUAUUGUAUAGAUUUCCGACUCUCUUAUGGAAAAUGUGAUUGUGGUUAAAUGACCUUUUUUUCUUGCAUUUAUAGCAACAGUGUUUUAUGUACCCUGCUAUGCUCUGGGCAUAAGCUGUGCCUCUGUAUAGUGUAUAUGCCUUUUUCCUUUUUUUUUUUUUUUUAAGGUCUAUGGGUUUUGUUUUGUUCCGUUUUUUUUUUUUACAUGCAAACAUUGUAAAUUAUACAGAAGAUACCACAGAUAGCAUUUAUAAAGUAUACAGAAACAUUAUCUGAAAGCAAAGUAUGAUUGUUUGUUUUGCUAUACAGUACAUUUAUAUUGAUAGAAGUUCAUGUUUAAAUUAUACAUAUUUAUUAGCAUCAGAUGAUCAUCUGUCCCGAGCAGUCUGAACAGGCGACGCCGGCAAGUACAUCGCUGGCAGGCAUCCUAACUGUUUUGCACACGAUUUUUAAAGGUAUUUAUUAGAAAUCAAAGAACACUCAAAACAAACUCAGCGCUCAAAGGGUUAAGUCUAUUUGAAAAGAAAAAAAAGGAACAAAAAAAAAAAAAACACAAACACAAAAAGAACUUGUACUGUAUUUCCUAAACAUUGAUGAAGCCUUUAAAAUGUUUGUACUGUACUACUUGGCUUAAAACUCACAAGGCGUCCUCUGCUACAGCCUCUCUCACUUAUUUAUAAGCCUUCUCGGUUGCCGUUCCGUCCUGAAGGAUGCCUUUUUAUUUCAAUCGGUAACUUUCUGUUUUGUUCUUCCUAAUUAUUCUCCCAAGAUCCCACGCUGCAGCUUUAUCUUUAGGCUUAUGAAAGGUAACCCGUGGUUACCGGCUCUCCAAGUGAUUCUGUUCCUCUCCAUUUCUGGCAGUUAAUUUGCAGAAGUAACUGACAGCUGACACCAUCCCAGAACCUAUGUAUAAAAUAUUGGCAUGUGAACAGCACAGGCAUCGUAACACACUCUGUGCCCUGUUUUGUUGUUGACAAUGACUCUUCAUAUAACCCUUUUUUCUACGGCAGCAUUAAAAUUGUCUUUUUGCUAUAAUUUUGU